AAGAGCUGCUUGGGAGUCACUUAUGGUUGCAGCUCUUGCAACUUCUUCUUGCAUAAAUCUUGUGCGGAGCUCCCAACAGAGAUCCAAAAUUUUGCUCACCCAUCUCACCCCCUUAGUCUUUUGAUUUUGACUUGUCAAAAUCCCAAGAAAUUCAAGUGCAAUAUUUGUCUCAAGGAUUGCCGUGGAUUCAUUUUUCAUUGCCGCGAGUGCAAUUUCCAACUGGAUGUUGAAUGUGCUUCCUUGACGCCAACUGUAAACUUUGGGGAUCACCCUCACCGUCUCACAGUUGUGGAUAAUAUAUACGAUGAACUCGAGUGUUGUGCUUGUAAUGGCAGCUGUAUUGGCUCCCCUGCAUUCCGUUGUCUAAAAUGCAAUUUCAAUCUCCACCUUGUAUGUGGUCCGUUGCCAAUCACCAUUAAACACAAAUGUCACAUAGAUCCCCUUACUCUCAAGGACUUCUAUGUUGAAGAUGAUGACGAUGAUGAAUUUUACUGCGAUGCUUGUGAACUACCAAGGAAUCCACGACUUUGUGUUUAUUAUUGUGAGACGGGUUGCCCAAUGAUCGUUGAUGUAAAGUGUGUAAUAUCUGAGGUUAUACCAGCACUAAGGGGAGAGCGUGGAGAUGUGAAAUUGAGAACUGUGGGUAGACAGAUCACCAGUAAUGUAAUUAUCAAAGACUUGAUGGUGAAAGAGAUGAAGCAAAAUGAAACAGACAAGGAGACAAGGGAAGGAAGAGUAGAGAUUGAGUCUGCAUUGUCCUUUGAUGAUAUAUUUCAUUCUCUGAAUGCAUCUGAGAAAAAUGAAAUCAGUAUCAUCAUAUCCAAAAUGCAAACGGAAAGGAAGAGAGGUAAGGAAUCAAUUGAAGCAAAGAAGCAAGAUAGUCCUGCAUUUACAGAGGAGAACUUGGCAGAGUUCAUGGAGAGGCUUAAAGCUUACACUAUUCCCCUUUGGAAGCCAUACAAUCGAGUUUCAUCUUCGCUACGUUCAAGAAAGCCAGCUCGUGUAGUAGUUCGACGAUUAUUUGGUGUUUUGUUCAAGCCCACUGCAUCUGUAGUAGUACUAAAUGGGCCCUCUGUAGUGCUGGACCAUCAACUUCCAAUCUUCUUUUUACAACAUAACAAAUUCAUCACUGUAGGGGAUAUGCUAGUCCCUCGCACUCUCAUCCCAAUCUAUGAAGAAUUGCUUUCCAAAUAUAAGAAUAUUGGUGCUACUAGCAGGCUAAGUCCCAAAGUGAAGUCAUUAAUCUUUUACAUUUUAUGUCGUGUUAUACAGAACAUGAGAACAACUAAGGUUGUGGAUGUCACAGAAGACAAACUUGGGGAAUGGUUGGGUUGGCUGAAAUGGGUGGAGUGUGCUGGCUUCGAAAUUCAGUUCAUCUUCGAACAUAUGGAGCGCAUUGCUCGUGCCUACUUUGUCCUUCGAACUAGAAAGUUGUUAGAGGACUCUGAAGUUGAACAAGAGCAAGAUAUUGAAUGGAUUUCUGAAAAGAUGGAGAAACUGAAAACAAAAUUGGAAAGAACCAGAGCCAAGUCAGAAGCAACCAAGGAACAGCUAAGUUAUCAUAAAACGCACGAGAAAGAAUUCCUCAAGGGUACCGCUGUGUCGAUUAAGUGGAAGCCUGUAACUGAUGGUUUGCUAUGAUGGAUAUAAGGUAAGAGGCUCAAAGGUUCAUGUAUUUCCAUUUCCUUAUCUGAGCAAGAAUUUCCCAUAUCAAACGAGGUGCUAAUGUACAGGGAGCAAGUAAAAGGAAUAUGAUCAGCAGUCAGCGCUCACCAUUGAUGUUUAAAUUAUUUUCUCAUCCUUCAGUUUAAUUCCAUAAUUUAGAAUAAUAUCUUUUAUCUGCAAUUAUAAUUAUAUCCUUUCAUCC